AUGGUAUACCACGAACUCGAGGAGAAUUUCUGGACGCCCACUGCCAUGCUGGUUUCCGACAUGGAGGCCAACGAGCUGGUCACCUACGGCGAGGGCCUCAGGAACGAGCUGCUGCGGAUCCUUGUCGCCACAGCUGUGGACCCAGAGCAUCCCCAGGUCACGGAGCCCAUCGAGGUGGAGGGAGACGACGGCGACGACUUCAAGAAGCCUGCGGACGAGCAGGUGGUGCAGUUCGCCGCGGAGCGGGCUGCGGAACCGCCCAACCAGGAGGCGAUUGAGGCGUCGGAAGCGAUCCAGGAGGACCCUGUGCAGAUCGAGCAGGCUGCGUUGGAGAAGCCGCACGACGGCUUCAGCAGCCAGGCGGAGGUCCAGGAGCAGUUCUUGGGCACGGAGCCUUACGAUGAGGCGACCCCCCACGACGACGCCACAGAGGUCAUUUCCGAGGUGGAUUGGAAGCAGUUCGGCACCACUAGCUGGAAGUACCGCGCUGGAGAAAACUGGCUGUCCGUCGGCAAUCAGAGCGCGGAGAUAGAGAAAGCAGCUGUUUAA